AUGAUAUCAUUAUUGGGCUUAUCGCAGGAUUUGUCGGUACAAGAAGCCUUAUCGGGCAUCUUUGGAAGUAUAAGUUUGGCGACUUGGAUCUUUUUGUUGAGUGCCGAUGGAGUAUCAUUGGCUUUCUUAACGGUGUGGUUUAUUGGCGACAUCACGAAUCUUGCCGGUGCAAUUUGGGCCGAUCUUGUCCCUACAGUUGUUGUCCUAGCCAUCUACUUCUGUAUUGCCGACUUCGUACUCAUUGGACAAUGUCUUUACUACAACAAAAAGAACGCUCAGAAACACCGAGAAACAGAAUCCACUGCACCAACAGAGGAAGACCCUCUUCUUACCCGUCGACGAAGUAACAGCAGUAUUGGACUUCCAGGAUCUCACAGAAGACGUUCUUCAGCAAUAAGCGGAAAUCAACACCAUGAAGAUACCUUGACCAAAAUCUUGGAAGAAGAAGAUUCGUCAGAUGGAAAUGCUUGGGUGAGGAAUGUUGUUAGCGUUUUACUGGUUAUUGCUGCCGGAACAGCUGGGUGGGCUAUUGCUUGGAGAAGUGGUGUUUGGAUUCCCACCCCGGAGAAUGGUGGUGAUGUCCCCAAGACGAAUGAUGUUGCUGUUGGAGCAGAAGUACUAGGAUAUUUCAGUGCGAUCUGUUAUCUUGGUGCCCGAAUUCCUCAAAUUUUGAAGAAUUAUAAGGAGAAGUCUUGUGAUGGCCUCGCACUGCUUUUCUUCCUCCUUUCAUUAAUGGGCAAUCUUACAUAUGGUGCUGGCAUCCUUUUCCAUUCUCUGGAGAAAGAAUACCUCAUUGUCAAUACUCCAUGGCUCAUUGGAUCUUUGGGGACGAUUGUUGAAGAUGCAGUUAUCUUCCUUCAAUUCAGAAUGUAUGCACCUAAGCAAACUUCAACAUCUGCCGUAGAAUAG